CAACAACCCAACUCCCGGCCGCUCGAAAUUAUACAAACAGGACCUUCCCGCCCAGCCCAGCCGGGCCUCCACGAGCCUGCGGCUGCUUCGAGCGCUCAGCAGAGAUCGCUGCUAACGCACCAAGCAAGCACAAUGGCAGCCGACGUCCGAAAUACGCAGCCGCCAACGCCGGCGCCGGAGCCGCCGCAGCCCCAAGCAGCAGCCAAGAAGAGCAACAAGAACUACAGGGGCUUCGUCGCCGGCGUCUUCUCCGGCAUAGCCAAGCUCUCCGUCGGCCACCCCUUCGACACAAUCAAAGUCCGGCUCCAAACAACAGCCAGCACGCGCUUCAGCGGCCCGCUGCAGUGCCUGGCCCAGACGCUGCGGCACGAGGGCCUGGCGGGCCUGUACAAGGGCGCCACGCCUCCCCUCGUGGGCUGGAUGUUCAUGGACAGCAUCAUGCUGGGCUCGCUGUCGGUGUACCGGCGGGUGGUGCAGGACAACCUGUUCAACCCGCCGUGGCACCCGGCGCACGACCCGUCGCAGCCGCUGCCGGCGCACGGGCACGGGCUGGCGGGCAUGCUGGCGGGCGCGACGGUCUCGUUCGUGGCGGCCCCCGUCGAGCACGUCAAGGCGCGCCUGCAGGUGCAGUACGCGGCGCGCAAGAGCGAGCGGCUGUACAGCGGGCCCGUGGACUGCCUGCGCAAGGUGUGGCGCUGGCACGGCCUGCGCGGCGUCUACCGCGGCCUGCAGGCCACGCUGCUGUUCCGGAGCUUCUUCUUCUUCUGGUGGGGCAGCUACGACCUGUUCUCGCGCUGGAUGCGCCAGCACACCCGGCUCAGCGCGCCCGCCAUCAACUUCUGGGCCGGCGGGCUCAGCGCGCAGGUCUUCUGGGUGCUGAGCUACCCGAGCGAUGUGGUCAAGCAGAGGAUCAUGACGGAUCCGCUGGGCGGCGGGCUGAAUGAUGGCGUGAGGAGGUUUCCCAGGUGGAAGGAUGCCGCGAAGGCGGUGUACAAGGAGGGCGGAGCCAUGGGGUUCUGGCGCGGGUUCCUGCCCUGCUUUCUGAGGGCGUUUCCCGCCAAUGCGAUGGCGCUCGUUGCGUUUGAGGCAGCAAUGCGCGCGCUGCCGGAGUGAUGCUCCGAUGUGCAUGUGUCACUUUUUCUUUUUGUUUGUCACAGACGCAUUAUACCCAGAGGAAGCACGAAGCACGGCGGGGAAAAAGUUGAUAUGUUUGGGCCC